AUGCUCUGUUUGGGGUGUGUUGCUAGAGAGGUUUAUUUUUCUUGGGAGAGUGCAUGUCAUCAGCACAGGGCCAAUCAGCACUGUCCAGACAGAGGUCAGGGGUUCUGCAUCCUCCUAGAGCAAAAUGAAAACUCCUCCAACAAGCUUUAACCAGUGCUCUGCUGGACACUGAUAGACAUCACAAUACUGCUAUAUACUGCUGAUGAAAAACGUAUUUAGCAGUUUAUAUUUACUAAAAUAAUUGCAUUUCCAUGUUCUGUGUAGUGUCGGAGAGCGGAUAUAGUGAAUGCAGGGUCCGGGGAGAGCGGAUAUAG